CGGGUCGAGCCUCCGGGAGCGGAGCGGAGCGCGGCACGGCGCUCGGCGCGGCCCCUUUAAGGAGCGGCGCUGCAGUAACCCGAGCCCGCAGUCCCGGCGGGUGGCGGCGGCAGCUGCACUCGGGACGGCUCCCGCCUGCCGAGCAUCCCGCGGCCGCGGUGGCCGGCGCCAGCCCUCUGCCGGGCGGGAGCGCCGGGGGCCCGGAACCGGCCGCGCGCAGCCGCCGCGCGCAAGCGAGGGGCUCCGGACAGGGCGCAGAAGUGAGUGAGUAGCCGGCGCCGGCCACCCUCCAGGACCACCGGGGACAAGCGGACUCCACGGGGCCCAGCCUUCUCCUCCUCCUUGAGGUCACUCGCACGCUCCGACCGGCCCUGUCUCAGUUAGAAAAGUGAACUCAGGUUUCUCGGGAGCCACUGGCGGCGACUUCCUGCCCUCGCUUCCCUCCGCAGGCGGGCGGGGCGCGGGGGGCAUGGACGCCGCCGCCGGGCCGCCCGCCGGCGUGCUGCUGGCCAGCUUCUGCGUCUUCCAGCUGCUCUUCCACGUCCUGAGCCCCCGGCUCUCCGCGGCCGUGUCUCCGGGCUUCAGCGGCCUCAGCUCCGAGAAGAAGAUCGAGUGGAACUCGAGGGUGGCGUCCACCUGCCAUUCCCUGGUGGUCGGGAUCUUAGGCCUGUACAUUUUCUUUUUCGACGAGGCAACCAUCGCAGACCCACUCUGGGGUAAUUCAUCGCUUGUGAAAGUGAAUGUUGCUAUUGCUUCGGGCUACCUCAUUUCCGAUUUGCUGGCCCUGCUCCUGUACUGGAAAGUGAUCGGAGACAAGUACUUCGUGGUCCACCACUGCACGGCGCUGUACGCCUUCUCUGUCAUCCUGAUCACCGGCUCGCUGCAGUACAUCGGGAACUUCCGCCUGCUCGCGGAGCUCUCCAGCCCCUUCGUGAACCAGCGGUGGUUCCUGGAGACGCUGCAGUACCCCAAGUUCUCCAGGGCCAACGUGGUCAACGGCGUGCUCAUGACGGCCGCCUUCUUCCUCGUCCGCAUCGCCGCCAUGCCGCCCAUGUACGGCUUCAUGUACUCGGUGGUGGGCACGGAGGCCUACGCACGGCUCGGCCCGCUUGCCCAGGCCACCUGGGCGGCCUCCUGCCUGGUGCUGGACGUGAUGAACGUCAUGUGGAUGGUCAAGAUUUCCAGGGGCUGCCUCAAGGUCCUCUCGCUCCUCCGCGACCAGAAGGCCAGCGGCUGCCUGCAGAACGGGAAGCUGGACUGAGGGCCCGGGCAGCGGCCCCGCCUGCCCGCCCGCCCGCCCGCACUGCACCUGCCGUGCAGGUGCCGCCUGCCGCCGCCUGGGCGUGUGCCCAUCCCUCGCGGCGCCGGGGCCUCCGGGCCUCUUCCGUCAGCCUCGCCUGCAGAAAAGGGAAACCCAAACUCCGACUCCCGUCCCAGGGUGUGUCUUCCGAUUCCCUCCUGCAUCACGAGCUGGGCACACCCGAAAGGGCUCAAUAAAGGGUGCUCGCCAGCCCAGCAGCCGGUGUCGGCGUCUCUCUCCGGAGGGGCGGGUGCCCGCGCGGCCGGCAGAGCAGCCCCGUCUGAGGUCGCAGCCGGGCCCCGGCACGGUGCCGUGCCGCGCUCCUUGCCUGCGAUGGCUGCGCAGGGCUCAGUUUCUAAAUUGCCAGAAAGUUCUUUCUCUGAGGCCGUUGCAGUGCUGCGUUUCUCAUUCAGACACGCUGCCCACUGUUGGCGAGGAAGCCUCCCCCUCCCGCGGGCACGUUUGGUUAGUCAGGUCGGUCACGGAAAGCUCGGCCGGCGUGUUUGGGUUCCGCAGGCUUCACGGUGCUGCCGCUGUGUUCAGAAUCCUGUCGAAUGGUCACCUUUUACUCCACAGUCAGUGAGGUCGGGACAGGCCGUGAGGGUCCCCCCGCCCCCCCGGGCAGGUGACGUCCUCCUGGGGAAGUGCGCGCUCCAGAGGACCCCGGGGCUCGGGGGGGGCGCGCUGGGGAGGAGCCCUGACACUGGCCCUCGGCUUCCCCGGCGGUUCUCCUGUGAAAACCACGUCCUUCCUGCUCCUAGAGCGCGCCCUGAGCUCAGAGCCCAGCACCCUCGGCCCCAGAGUCCAACGUAACGAGUCCACCGUACUCCUAAGGCGGGCCUUGAUGUGAUGAGCCCAGCGUUACAAAAAACCCAGUAAUUCAUAUUUUUUAGUCCGAGUUUACCCUCACGCUUGCUUUAGUUAGCACUUUGAAAUUUCUGUGUGUCCUGAAGGACAGGAAAAACACCAUCACUUAGCCCAGGUGUGCUGACCACCUAGGUUGCCGUCUCCUGCGCCGACCGGUGGCGGGGGACUUGGUUCCCGGCCUGCUGGCGUGUGUGCUCGCCGUGGUUCUGCCAGCCUGGAGGCAGAAUCACAGCGUGAGGGCCUUCCUGUUUUCCUCGAGGACUUGACCUUAAUGAUGAUGGUCCUUACCGAAGGAAAACAAAUGUAGUUUAACCGGUGCUGAGUGCUUGAAUUUAACUGAACUCAAACCAAAAGAUCCCUUUACUUCCUCGCUUGGCCUCGUUUUCACGGUUCGGGUCGGGAAGGUGCAGGCUGGGCAUUUCAAGACUUUUGAUUUGAUUCGAUUCGAUUCCAUUCGAUUUGAUUGGGCUGCCCAGUGCAGAUGGAGCCUAGAGCCCGCGGAAGUGUGAGAACUUUUAAAGAAGGCAGUGGGAACCUCCGCCAGUGGCCAAAUGACAAAACGAGAUUGAUGGGCGUCUCCCAGGUACACUUAUUUUUGAAAGACUUAAUUAAAGUCAUGUAAAAACAUAGGUACCUGUUUUUAAGGCUACUGACACGACACAGCUAAUUUGUUCCCAAGUUGGCUGCCUCCCACGGCCCAGCGCUUACCGGCGCGUGUGGGCGAGCACGGGGGGUGGGGGUGGGGGCGAGCAGAAGCGGCGGUUUUACCUCCUGUCCUGCUCUUUGGCAAGAAAACUGGCUUUCAGAAAGGGAGACAUUUAUGCUAGAAAACUAUUUUGGAAAUUAGUUCCUUUAGAGAGAAAGAGAACUCCGCAGAAGUGUCUUUGACUCCGAGUGUCUCUGUGGUUCCCGAGCACGGAGGUUCGGCCCGCCACCGCCCGGAGGCUGAGCGGGGCUCCUCGCGGCGGCUGUUUCGUGCGGGAAACGUCGUUUCUGCCCCCACAGCAGCCGCUCUGACUCGGCGGCCGCUCAGGAACCAGGCGUAGUGACGACGCGUGUCAUUUCGGCGGGCUUCGAGACAGCCCGCCCAGCAGCCGCAUUCGGCGCCCCAAGUGGGUUCCACGCGUGUCUCCAGCCACAGCCCCGCGGCGGGGGAGGCGCCGGCCCGCUGCUGCGCCGCGAGAGUCGGAGCUUCGCCGGGGCGGCGUGGCCGUCCGCACCUGCUGCCCGAGGCGGCCCUCGCGGUGACGGGCGCGGCCGGGCGUGCCGGUCCCCCAACGAGGAACUUUUCACACGCCGCGCGACAAACUUUUUGCUAGAAUAUUGCAUAUGAAGUAUUUUGACUAUGUGGGUUAAUUUCAAUGAUUCUACUUGGCACUCUGAUUUUAAUGACUUGUGUUCAAAUAUUUAUAGAAAAUAAAAGCAAAUUGGCAUACAUUUUUAAGCAACUCUAUUUUUGGACAAAAAGAUUAGUCACAACCUGUAACCAUGAAGAUGCUCUUCGAAUGUGUCAUCGUCUAGGAAACAACAAUUCUGACAAAAUCUUGAAAACGCAUGCAGACCAACAAGACAGCAUGCAACACCGUAGAUUCUGCAUUAGGCAGCUCGUUGUAUUUGGGAGAACUUAAAAAUUAUGAGCCUGAGUUUCCAGGGGUUGCGCUCUUGUGUCUAACAUAUUUUUACGUAAGUAUUUGUGUUCACCGACAACUCAGAAUGGAGUUUGUGUCCGUGCAGAGACACCUCCAGCUCCCGCUUACACGGUGUCUGCAAACCCGCGGGAAGUGCGAAUGCAGCGUUUCCUCCUCUGGUUCCCGGGUCGGCUCCGUCCCCCGGGGACUGGCCCCAUGUUGUGCACGGUCCCCGGAGCUGGGUCGUUUGCCGGCGUGACCAGACCGCCUGGGCGCCGGUCACGCCGUUGGUUACCAUGCGUUUGGGAACAGUGUUCCCUCUCACGGAGAAGCACGGGGGAGACGUGUGUUGGAACACCCGUGUUUGCUGGUCCCUUUCUGAGGGCCACGAGCACGCCCCCAAAGCCACGCUGACAGCAGGUGUUUGCCCGGGCCUCGGGGUCUGGGCCCCUCUGAACUCCAGAUGUCCCUGCGCGUCGAUGGGGGUGGCCUGCGCGCUGGAAGUCACCGGAAGGGCCAUGUGCGGGUGUGACGCCCUCAGCCACGCCUCACGGGGGCCGCGUGUGGACGUGGUUUGGGUCCCGAAGCAGCACUCCGGGGGCCCGUCGGGACUGUGGCUCCCUGUGUCUGCAUGGGGCGGCCCGCGGGGCAGGGACGCCCUCCCGUGUCCGAGGCCGUGGCCUGGACCUUGCCAGCCUUACCCACACCCGGCCCAUGGCAGCCCGCGAAAGCUUCCGGGAGCAAGUCCCGGCAGGGGACCUGAGGCGGGGGACAAGGCAGCUGGGGGCCCCGGGACCGAGAGCCCCGCAUCCCUCCCUCCAUCUAGGGGUCACUCCCCCCAGCCCUCCUGCCCCCCACCCCACCUGCUCACGCCCCAACCACAGUGUCAGCGCCUCCCCGCCUGCUGGGCGCCGACGCCUUUCUGUGUCACCUUUUGAGGCCUCCCGCACCUGUAAGCUUCCUGGUCUCCUGAUUUUUCAUUGAAAAAAAAAUUGCAGGAAGUUUAAGCGGCCAUCAGACAACCUGUAGUUUAUUAAGAGGCUGUGGGAAGCCAUUUAGCAUGAAUGAUGCUCGUUUCCAGCAGGAAGCAAAGCUAAUAAUGCCACGGUUUUAUGGGGACACCGCCGUGGCUUCUCUCUCUUCUUGAACCGGUUUGGCCACACGAGCGUCACAACGUGCUUCCACGGGGGAGCCGCCGCCGUGGGUGCGUCAUCACCCGGGUGGCCCUCCUGGGGCCCCGGGUCGCAGGGUGCACGCUGUGAGGGCGCGAGGAGGCCAGGCCGGUGGGCGGCGGCAUGGGAGGGCCCCGCUGUUCGUCCAGCCUACUUCCGGGCACAUUUCUCCUGAAAACGCCUUUGCCCGCAAAUUCGGGGUUUCCGGGGUCCGACGCCCGGGGAUUGGAGCCCAGGCCCCUCCUGGCCCAGCCCUCAAACUGCCUCCACCGGCCUCGAUGGGGCCGUCCGCGCACCGGAGGGUGUAUUGGACAGUGGUGAGGAGGGUGGGCGGGCAGGCGGGGGGCUGCUGCCGGGGACGGCGGGGUGCGGUGGGGAAGGUUUACCCCCGUGUCCCGGACGGAGCCGACAGGUGCCACGGCGGGCCCUGCACUGAAGACCCAAACCCACGGGGACUACUUGUGAAUCUCGAAGAUACAAACGCGAUACCUCUGGCUGAAAGCUCACCCGUGUCACCUGCGCACUAACUUCUGUUAUGUCUUUAUGCAGUUCUGGAACUAAGUGUGCAUUAAGGCGUUUGCUGUGUCUUGGUUAAUGGAGCCUAAAAAUACCACCAAAUAAAAUGUGCUACGUGCGUUCA